UCUCCUCAUCUCAGCUGCAUUUGUUUAUUUCCAACCCUAUCCACUACGAAAAGGGGAUUAUUCAUUGUAGAAUUACUACUUUAAUUAAUCAUAAAAAAAUCACGUGGAUUAUUAUUGAGCGGAGUACGGGCAUGCAAUGUCAAUGUUUUGAAGCUGGCUGCUUGUCUUCUUCUUCUUCGUCUUAUUAGCGGCACAGGAGAAGAAUCGUGCAUUGACUCUCUAUCUCUCGGCUCGGAGAAAGGCAUCGAUUUCGGAAGUGCUUCGCCCAGACGGAGAGGGAGAAGGACCGCAAUUCCUUUCUCUCUCGGGUUUUUCUCUAUCAUCCAUCUCCGCAUGUCAAAUUGUAUGCGUUGAUCGAAUCGUGAUUGAAUCAGAUUUUGUAUCCAUGAAAUGCGCAGGGAUUUCUGAAGACGCGUGAGAACUUCCUGGAUUCGGCGUUUAUUGCGGCAGCGCUGCUACCAUCGAAUCUAUUGCUGCUUGGUCUCUCUGUAUCGCUGCCGCAGCCAUGGGUGGUUGUCUUGGAUGUGAUAACAACGCUAAUUUGAUUUCAUCCUUCAACCAUACACCGAGAAGGCAGAAAAUAAAAUAUUACAGAGAGCCAGUACCUAGCAGCAUAUCAGAAGAUUUCUGGACUACAAGCGCACGGGAUAUGGAUGGGAACGCCAUUCAAUCACGUGGAAGCAUAUCCUCUAUUAGUACUUCAACCCAAGCACAUGAUGCUCACAGCAGUGGAAGUAUAAACGCCCCUUCUGAGUUUGUAAAUCAUGGACUAAUAUUAUGGAACCAAAUUAGACAGCAUUGGGUAGGAAGUAAAAAGCCGCAAAACCAGUCACAGCAGCCGUCUGAGCCCAAAUUAAACUGGAAUUCAACAUAUGAUAGUUUGCUUGGAAGCAACAAACCGUUCACGGAACCUAUUCCUCUUGGUGAAAUGGUAGAUUUCCUUGUGGAUAUUUGGGGCCAGGAUGGAAUGUAUGACUGAGCUGAUGUAAUCUAAGUUUGUUUGAUUCAUGGCCAAUAGGUGAUCAGCUCUUUCUGAACAGGAGUGCAUUUCGUCUGUACACAUAUUCAGAAUUCUGUUACUGAACUGGUCUUCUUUUUAUAUUAUAGACUCUAUUUAAAUGCAAGGACUGCAGUCAAAAGCUGUAGUUCUUGGGUUCCAUAUGAAUCGUUUGUUUUGUUCCAUUUGAUAGGUACUGCAUGAGAUCAGUGCCGAACUUACCUUUGACCCUGAGCUCAUAUUCUACUGCUAGUGGUGUAUGACUUGAUUCAUUAACAAAUUUGUACGAUAAAAUUGAUACAAAAUUUAUACUGAAGUUGCAAUUAUGGUAGGG